AUGAAAUCGGACAUGGAUUCCACCAGAGAAUUAGAACCACCACCCACCAGUGUCUGCCACGUCGUGGCUCUGCCCUACCCUGGCAGAGGCCAUAUCAACUCCAUGAUGAACCUCUGCAAACUACUGUCUUCAAAGAAACCCGACAUCCUCAUCACCUUCGUCGUCACCGAAGAGUGGCACGGCUUCAUGGAAUCCGACCAGAAACCCCACACCAUCCGGUUUGCCACUGUACCAAACCUCAUACCCUCCGAGCUUGUUCGUGCAAACGACCUUCUUGGAUUCGUGGAAGCUCUGAACACCAAAUUGGAAGCUCCGGUUGAGCAGCUACUGGACCGGCUUGAGCAGCCGGUGAGCGCCAUUGUUGCUGAUCCCUGCGUUGUUUGGGCUACGAGUGUUGCGAGCCGGAGGAAUAUUCCGGUGGCUUCACUCUGGCCCAUGUCGGCGUCGGUGAUCUCAGAGUGGGGAGAUGAUGAGGUAAUAGCAGAUCUAGAUCUUCCCACGGAGUUGAAUGGAGACGGUCUGAAAGUGUUGAAGAUAAAACUGGAAAUUGUGCGUAGCAUAUAUAAAGCACAAUAUCUUGUGUCCUCUUCAGUCUACGAAUUUGAGCCCCAAGUGUUUGACAAUCUAAAAGCCAAAUUUGCUUUGCCUAUCUACCCUUUUGGCCCAAGCAUACCUUACUUUGAGCUUUCAAAAAGUCCUCCCACUAAUCACAAUUACCUCUAUAAUUGGCUAGAUUCUCAACCUAAACACUCAGUCCUGUACAUCUCUCUGGGAAGCUUCCUCUCAGUUUCAAAAGCCCAAAUGGAUGAAAUCGUUGCUGGGGUGCAAAACAGUGGCGCUAGGUUCUUGUGGGUGGCUCGUGGGGAUGCCUCUAAGUUGAAAGAUGGUGUUGGUGAUAAGGGUUUGGUGGUGUCUUGGUGUGACCAAUUGAGGGUGUUGUGCCAUGAUUCUAUUGGUGGGUUUUUGUCACAUUGUGGUUGGAAUUCAACCCUAGAAGCUGUUUAUGCUGGUGUUCCAAUUCUCACUUGCCCUAUAUUAGGGGAUCAAAUCCUCAACGCUAAGAAAAUUGUGGAAGAUUGGAAGAUUGGAUACAGGGUGCUGAAGAAGAACGUGGGGGCUACUGAACAUGAACAUUUGGUGACCAGAGAGGAGAUUGCAGAACUUGUGCAGAGGUUUAUGGAUCUUGAAAGCAAGGAGGGGAAAGAGAUGAGGAAAAGAGCGAAACAACUUCAGGAGACUUGUCACGGAGCAAUUGCUAAAGGUGGCUCAUCUGACAGGAACCUUGAUGCUUUUAUUGAGGAUAUUUUACGAGGCCAUCACCACUAA